GCCUCUGCCCCUCGCGCAGAUUGACCUCCGCGAGCCGCGCAUCGCUGCCAUGGACUGACCUGAACACAGCUGCGCGUGCGAGCGAAGCCCGGCUCUUCCAGACUAUCUUUAGCAUCUCCGACUUAAUUUCAUUGAGAUUUACGCAAUCAAAGGAGGACUGAAAAAAUCCCAGGUCCCUCCACUCGUCUCCUGCUUUGUGCAAUGUCUAAGAGCGGCACGUGGCCAGGCGGCGUUGUCGUGGAAGCCUCGAGCAAUAUGGACAGUGCAGGGAGCUGCGACAGCGUAAUCAGCAUGAACUCUGGCUAUAGCGAGGACAGUAUGGAGCACCUAACAGCGGAGGAGAGGGCAUGUCUCAUGUACCUGGAGGAAACAAUUGAAGCUCUGGAGGUGCAGGAGGACAGCGGCCUAUCAAAUGAUGAAUCAGAGGCUUUGUCAAGGGCGGCAAAACAGAAGGAUCACAUGAGAGAAAACGAUAUCUCUGUUUUGAUAUCUGAGUCUGGACCUCAUGGAGAAUCCAGACCCCCCGCUCCUGUAGUGGCAGCUCCCUUAGCUACAAGCACCCAAACAGGCACUGAGCACCAUGCUGUGAGUCAAAGAUUUGAACCACAAAACACACCGACAGCAGCCCAACCGAGCCCCCCCGCACCUGAACCUGCGACUGGUGACAAAAUGCACUCAACGAUGGGUUUAGCUGGUGGUGGAAACGCUCACCCUGAGAGUGGAACCAGUUCUGGGCCCUGGACAGGGGUGUCCACAGAAUCCCCUGAGAUUGAGCUAGCCAUAAUCCCUCCUCCGUCUGACUUUAUGGAUGAACCAGACACUCCUUCACUGCCAGAGAAGGCAAAAGAUGUUCCUCCACCUGAAGGAAUCUCUGCUGUGCCCAAAGAAACAGUUUCCCUGAAUCCACUACAUUCAGAUGUUCCUGUGAAGAAAACUUCUAUAAGCCCGCCGGUUAUUAUGGAUCCUCCAGCCAAGCCUCCACCAAUUAGUGCCUUAAGUACCCAGUUAAGUCAUCCUCCUGAGAUUCCUGAACUUAAAAGUCCUCCUGCUGUGGCCCCAAAGCCCAAGAAACUUCCUGCUAACAUACUUCUGAAGUCAAACAAGAGUGUAGUUGAUGGGAGCUCGGGGCAUUCUGUGGCCUCCAGCAGUGACAGGCUGCUGUUGGACCCUCAGAGGGUCAGAAUGGAGGCCCUUCGGAAGCUCGGGCUGAUCAAAAGUAAUGAGGAGGAAACGGUUCCCAGCCUGAGCCCUAAACUUCCAGCCAAACACAGACCGCCAUGGACUGCACCCUCUCCUCCGGUCAGCCCAGCAGCUCCUCGUACACCCCCCAUGACACCACCCGCCGCCCAUCCAAACAGCCCCCCUCCCACCUCCCGCUCUGCGCUGCCCGCUGCAUUGCCUUCAGCUACCACUGCAGCUCCUCCUGCUCAGGCCCCUGAUGUUCUGCCAGCACCUGCAGCUUUCAGAGAUCCCAGCGGGUCACUCUCCUCAAAUGGUAAUCUGACCACUGCCACCCCUCCUCUCACACCUCCUACUCCGGUCAAGCAGCGCACCUCACCAAAGGUCACUGCUAUCAAGUCAGCCACGCUUGAGCGCUCUGGUUUGGGUCUAAGCAGGUAUAUAGCUGACCAACACUCUGCUGAAGCCGGUCAGGGCACCAGCGGUGAGCAGAGCCCCAGGCAGCUGCGCAGCGCCCGGCCCCGUCCCGCCUCCCUUGGGAGUGGGAAAGAGUUUUCUCAAGCCAAAGGGGAGGAUUUCCGAGCGGGCCAUGCAGGCACUACGAUGCCCGUGCUGACUCAGCCUGGCCCCCAGCACUCCAAAGAGUCUGCCAAGCUGCCCCGGGCACAAGGAAUCAGCGUGCUGAUCUGCCCCCGAGCAGAGGACGAUGACAACCGCCGCGAGGCUCUGAAGAAGCUGGGACUGCUCCGAGACUGAGCCUCGCCGCUCUGCUUAUGCCACAUACGGGAACAGCAGGGCUUCAUAUAGGACAGGGGAAGACUUUCGCAUUUUUGGAGAAGCAUUUUAACCACCGAGUUUGUGCUUCCUCAUUUCUGCUGCAUUGCUAAGCUUGUGACUGCAUCACAUGACCUCGAUUCCAUCACUGCCACACGACGUACAGCCACUUUUACAAUUUCAUGUAUAUGAAAAAGCUGGAUAUUGAGAACAUUUUAGAUGUUAUUUGACUCUCACGGUACCUAUGUCUCCUGUGAAUUAGAUUGUUUUCUUUAAGGGGCCAGUGAUGGCCCUGUGUAGCUAUUUUAGUCCAUCUUGUGUUCGACUGGUAUGAACGUUUUCCAUAGUUUUUUGAGUGUUCCUUUUCUCUCCUUCCAACAUUUCUACGGUCUCUUAUUUAAUUUAAUGUACAUAAAUGUGUAUAAAUGUAUGCCUUGCAUUGGUGGAGCACACAGCGUAGGAUAAAAGAAGCUGUGAUGAAGCUUGCACGGGUGCGCAGUGAUCCACAGAGCAAAAGCAGCAAUCAUGGAGCUAUGCAGCCGCUGUGAGUCUGGGAUCAUUCUAUACAUGACCGCACUGAUCAGAUGCUUCUUUGUCUGCACGGGGACAUGUCGUUUUUGUUUUGUUUCCUCUUCUAUCUUCUCUAAGAUGUUGGCCCCUCGCGUUUUACGUCAAACCACGCAGUGACGCGCUGGCUCGCCGGCUCUGCUGCCACUGUUUUUUAUCUGAUGUUCUGGAGAGGGAACUGGUGCAACCUGUUUUUUAGCUUUCCUUAAACAUCGCUGCCGCUCAUGAUUGGUCUGUCACAAGCUGAAUGGCUUUUUUUUUCUAACUCUGCAUUCUUUUUAAGUAUGAGUGACAUACAUUUAACUUCAUAACUGGAUGGAGUUGGUUGCAGUUAAAUGACAGCAGGCACUUUGUGUCAUCAAUGUCUUAUUCACACAAGGGCCAGCACCUCUUUUAAAUGAAUACCCCAAAGAUUACUGUCAUACCUUUUCUAAUUUUUUUUAUAAUAUGAAAGAAAAGUUAUGAUCAGUAUCUGUUUGAGGAAAACUUAGACAGGAGACAAGGGAUUUGAAUAAAGUUUUGAAUAUUUCCUGAUAAAGAGGUGCUAAGCGACAAAGUGCCAGGGGUGUGUUUUUAUUAGUUUAAAAUAAAGAAUAGAAAACAUCCUCUCCAACAGCAAAGCCUCGGAAGGAAGAGUGAGCUCAAAUCUGUCAAGCUAACAGGGGUUGCUUUGUGGGGAUCUGUGUUAUGUUGGUAUGCGAGCUGUCUUUUCUUCCUGACAGAUGACCUUACAGCCGAGGAGUCAGCGACAGCAUCUGUCACUUUCACCGGUACCUUCAUAGACUGCCCAGAUCACCUUAUGUGAGUAACAUAUCAGGGUCUGCAAGCCUUCUCCCAACUUUCAGUAUGCUGAGAAUAGGCAAGUUACAAACUUCGGGUCUAAUCAUAAGCAAAAGGGGACACUGUAAUAUUAAAUUCUAUAUGAUGGUAAAGAGGCAAUACUGUGAACAUGUGGAAGCCAGAGUGUUCGGGUUUCUGUCGAAAAUGGUUGGGACAUAAAGGCUCAGGUAAAAAAAAAAAGUCUACGGUCUUUGAUACAUUUUUUUACACAACAGAGGAACUGGUGUCAGAUCAGAACAGAUCCUAACAAUAAUAUCUUCACAACGGUCAUCAGAAGGUUCCGGAUUUUACCAAAUAAAUUCAUUGUAAGGAAUUUUGGAUAGAUUACCAGGAGGCCAACCGCUAUGGAUUACAAUCAUUAUGGAUGAGUUUGCUGGAUGUUGCAGAUUUGAGACUGACAAAAUAAAUUCCCAAACCAACUGCUAGUUGCUGGAAUAAAAUUUCUUCAAGAAGUGGUUCAUAAAGACACCCACAGCCAUCAAUGAGGUCUCCAUCUUUAUGCAACCAUAGCAUUCUUUUACAGUUUAGCUCUCAAGGAUAACAUGGCAGCUCUUUUCUACUGACUAAAAUCUGAGGUUCCUCUCUAAACUGCUUUGCUGAUAGAGAAAACAAUACUCUUUUCAGAGUGGUUUAGGUUUGCUACAACAUUGUGAACAGAUUUGAAUUUGAUGUACUCCAAGGAUUAAAGUCUAAUGGCAGUUCUCAAUAA